AUGGCGACGUUGAAAAAAACAUAUUCUCAUGUUGUCCGCGGCGACCAUGGUUUUACUUACAAACUGCACUACCCAAUAUGUGGUUUCAACCUAGAAAUCAAUGUGAAUCCUGUAUCUGAGCUGGAGUUUGGAACUGUCAUCUGGGAUGGUGCUCUUGGAUUGUGCCAGUAUUUUGAUGAACACAAGACGAACUUUUCGCAGAAGAAAGUGAUUGAACUCGGAGCCGGUACCGGAAUGUUAGGUAUUCUGAUCGCCCUUCUCGGUGCUGAGGUCACCAUUACCGACAAACCAAACCUUCUGAGGCAAAUACAACAAAACGUGUCCGUCAACAUCCCCUCUUCGGACAUACCUCGCGUCAAGGUACGCGCUCUAUCCUGGGGCCAUGACCAUAUCCAGUUCCCAUCCGACUACGACGUUAUCAUGGGCACAGAUAUUGUCUACAUCCCAGAAAGCGUCCCUUUAAUUCUAAAGACACUUCAGCAUCUCAGCAACGAAAGGACGGUCAUUUAUUUGGCUUCUACAAUGUCGAUAUGUCCCAAAGUGAUCGCGUCUGGAUAUGGGGCCUUGUCUGAACAUUUUGAUUCUAACCUAGUCCACAAAAGGCGCGAAGCAGGUUCGCCGGGGCUUAACUGGACCGAGUGA